AUGUCGUCCAAUCUGCUUCUUGCAGACAUUCAAAAAGCCUUUUUACAGAUAGCAGUCAAAGAAGAAGACAGAGAUGCCUUCAGAUUUCUCUUCGAGCGCGACGAAAAAGAGGAACAUUUUCGGUUCGCCAGAGUUCCAUUCGGGGUUGAAGCCAGCCCAUUCUUACUCGGUGCUACAUUAGAAUACCACUACGACCAACAAUCACCAGAAUUAGAGGAAACAGUGACUGCCCUUAGAGAAAAUACGUAUGUGGACAAUAUCAUGCAAACGGGAAAUAACAUUGAUAAGUUGGAGAAGUUUAAGAAAGAAAGUGAAGUUAUUCUUGAGAGUGCAAAAUUACCGAUUCACAAGUGGGAGUCGAACAUCGCGACAUUAGAGGAUGAGAACAUGUCAAAUCCUAGCAAAAUUCUUGGUCAUGUUUGGGACAAGCGUGAAGACACUUUAGAAAUACAAGUACCAGCAAUACCUGAGACAGAACCAGUUACGAAACGAAGCAUCUCGAGUCAGCUUGGCAAAGUGUACGACCCAUUGGGAAUAAUAUCACCCACGAUGGCCGAAGGAAAACACAUUUAUAGAGAGGCUUGUGAAGAGAAAAAGGGAUGGAAUGCCGAGGUUUCACCAGAAUUGAAGAUACAAUGGCACAAAUGGAACAAACAACUAAAGAACGUGAAAGUACCGAGGAGCUUAACAGGAAAUUCGAGCUCCAUGUGUUUGCCGCCGCAAGCAAUCUCGCAUGUUCUGCAGUAA